AUGGAUGCCACAGGCGCCUCCCGAAGUUGCGGCAGCACUCGCUCCAGAGACUCCGGCUCCGGCAUCCCAGUGCCGAAGAGGUUUUCCUUCGAGAGCUCUCGCUCAUUCCUGUCAGAGGGGCACCUCCCAGAAAAAGUGGCAGGCAUGCUCGUUGCAUGGCACUGGCUGCACUACUGGUUCUUCGAAGGGACGGAAAAUGAAAAGGCUGGAGGACGCAGGAGUACGCACAGCAGCGUGCAGCGGCAUCACGACAGCACAGAGCCUUACGUGAGGUGUGGGCGCCUGGCCUUGGUCGCGGGGGAGCCAGGAUGA